GCCAGGAAGCCUGCGUUGUCCGCUCUGUUCAAUGGAGGAAGAGGAGCCCGGGAACGACCGGAAUAGGUUUGGGAAGAGACCCGCAAAAGCGCUUGACAGAAUCCACCGUGGCGGGGCUCAAGGACUCUUCGAGCGAGCCGCGGUCCCAGACUCAGCAGCGGUCGCCAGAAUCACCUCCAGACACAGGGUGGAGAGACCCGAACCACAUGGGCACUCCUGCCUCCAUUGCUUGUGACUUGCCCCACCCCCAGACACCCAAGUCUUACACUCGCAAAACAGCAUCUGCCAACAUCUUCCAGGGAGUUGGGCUGCUGCAGCUGCACCGUCUCUUCCACAGCAGUGGGGAUACACAAGCAGAGGAGCGGGCCCAGCUGGUGUGGGAGCGUGCAGGGAACAGGUGUAUUGCCCAGGCCUUGCGACGGCUGCGCAGAAAGCAGAGAAAACUGAGGCUGCGGCCCCACCAGAAGUCCCCUUCGGAGUCAGGAAGUGGCAGUGGAUUCCUGGAGUUACAGCACUUUAGCCGCUUACGGAUUGAAGACUGUACUACAUCUUAUACUGAGGACAAUGGGCCCAACAGCAGCAAGCCACCAGAUGUGGCUGGUCAAACUAGCUCGUGCCCUGCCUCCUACUACAAGCAGAAGAGAAGGGGCACAGGAGCUGCAGGCUAUCUGCACCAGCUCCACCAGUGAGCAGCAGAACCCAACCCUUCUUGCCAACACAGUUGUCAGUCUAUGGCACUGUGCGGAACAGGAACAGUCUGAGACAGAGGAUGCCUAAGGGCAAUUCUGCACACCUCUCAAAGAAAAAAAUUUACCCCAAGUUUAGGGGAUCAUGACCUCAACCUGAAACCAUCAACACUUUCUCAGCUGCUGCAGGGCAGUGCCCUUGGUUUGGCAGAGCACAAACACUAAAUGUACUAGAUACACUUGC